UCUCCAUCAUCAUAUAUACCAUCAAACCAAUCCAUUUUUUCUGCUCUCUCUCUCUAUCUCUCUCCCACACACACACACUCUCACAUAUACACAUACAUAUCACAGUUUGGUUUUGAUUUGAGGGGGGAGGGGUGAGAAAAUAAUCCUUGUUGAAGGGAGAAUAGUUAAUAAUGGGGAGGAAGUGCUCACAUUGUGGAACCAUAGGCCAUAAUUCAAGGACUUGCACAUCUUUGAGAGGCACAUCUUUCGUUGGACUUCGCCUCUUCGGCGUGCAAUUAGACACUACUUGUGUUACCAUCAAGAAAAGCUUUAGCAUGGACUCCUUACCCUCAUCAUCAUCUUCCUCAUUCUCUUCAUCAAGAAUAACCAUUGAUGAAAAUUCUGACCGAACCUCUUUUGGGUAUCUCUCAGAUGGUCUCUUAGCUCGAGCCCAAGAGAGGAAGAAAGGAGUGCCAUGGACAGAAGAGGAACACAGAAUAUUCCUUGUUGGACUUGAGAAGCUGGGAAAGGGUGACUGGAGGGGAAUCUCUAGAAACUUUGUGACUACAAGAACCCCAACACAAGUGGCAAGCCAUGCUCAAAAGUACUUUCUUCGAUUGGCAACUAUGGAUAAGAAGAAGCGACGUUCAAGUCUCUUUGACUUGGUUGGUAGCAACAAAGCAGGUUCUAAUUCAGUUUCGGCUCAUCAAAAUGAUGAGUCUAAAUGUGAAGUUAAGAAUAAUAAUGAUGAUGCCACUUUGUCGUUGCUAGGGCGUAUAACCUACUUUCAACAAGAAACCAAAUCAUCAGAUUAUAAGCAAGAAACAUUUGAUAAUUGCUCUAAUCAAAGUCAACCAAGUGAAGAACAUCAACCUGCAGUUCUUAAUCUGGAUCUCACUCUCGCAGCCCCCAAGGCAAAGACCCUGCAGGAACAAAACAAACCAUCCCCUUCUGCUCCAUUUCUGCCUGGGCCAAUUAUCAGCGUGACUUAAACUGCGAUGUACCCUUUAAUUUAUCUGUUGUCAGGUGUCAACUGGUGUAGAAGAUCUUAUGGUCAAAGAAACACAUUGUUCUUUGCAGUAA